AUGGGCCCACCCACCUCCACCAGAAAUAAUAUCACUCCCGGCCCAUCCAUCAUCUUUGAGGAUAUUCAUAACAUCGGCCCAUGGUCCGCUGGCCCAUCUUAUACGGGAUAUUAUGUGCAAGGGGUCAAAGGAUCCUUUGUUGAGCUCAUACGCAUCAUCGGCGAUGUCUUCCCACAAAGGCAGAGCCUGAGCAGGAUCGAGUGUCGGCUUAUUAUGAAUUCAUUUGGAUGCAAGGCAGUGCAUCCGAAAUUCAUUGAUGAACCAAGAUGUAAGCUCACGGAACAAGAGAUCUUGGAACUCAAAAACUACCUUCCUGAGUGGACUGCCGCAAAACAGCACGAGAAAACCAGGAAUAUUCACAGCCAUAGCUUGAGCAGCAAGGUUGUUUUCUCUGAAGCUCGACCAUGGAUAAUGGAAAAAGAGGAAGCAGGUGAUGCAUCCAUGCAGAUCUAUAAAACCUGGUUGUUCAACAACAAGAAAAAGAAGGAAACAAAGGACAUGAUAAAGUAUGGGAGGAAAUGGACCCCUAGGAUGGUGGUCUAUCAGCAGAACAGAGAUGAUGUGCUCAAGAAGAUUGAGGCGGAAUAUGGGGUGAAGCCAGGAGCUCCGGAUAUGUUCAAGUAUUACCAGGCGACCAUCCAGAAGGCGAUGGAAGAAUUGUCUGAUGAAGAGUUGGAGAAGGCGAAAGAAAAAGCCAACAAAUGGUCCAACAACAUUCCUCCUCCUGAGAUCCAAGUGCAAGUCACCAGUAAGAAGGGACCUGCAUACAUGGAGCACUUCUCCAAUGAGAUGUGGAGACAAUGCGGGAUGAGAGUGUUUGUAUUGUCCACCUGGAAGAAUGAGCAGGGACAGGUGCUAUUCGGAACGCACGAUGAUAAUGAGGCAUUGGGAGAUGGGGACAGCUUCAUGAAGACAAAGGACUGGGAGGAUAUCGAACCAAUGUGGCAGGAGUAUGCACAAGCACAGUUCAAUGCCAAGGCAAGGGAUGGCGAACAACAGGAGAAGGGACAUCGAAAAAGACCUAGGAAACCGGCCUUCGAACUUGAUGUGAAUGGGGAAGGCAUCCCAUCGCUUCCGGACACCGUGCAAACAAAGCUCGAGGAGAAGAAAGCAAUAGUGAGGGCGUUCCUUACAACACACUAUUUUGACCGGAUGUGCCCAGGACUCUGUUCUGGCAUCGACAAGGCCGUCGUCCCUUGGAGUGCCAUCAUAGAAUGUGAGGAUGACUUCAUAUCACCAAUGUAUCUUCCGAGCAGGGUGCAUUUGAAGGACCCUUUGAAGUUGCAAAACUCCGAUGCAACCGCCUUGCUGAACUUCUGGUAUGCUCACCAGGAGAAUGGUGAUGAUCCGAUCUUCCUGUUCAAAGCAUGGAAGAACACAGUCGGCAACAUGAUGAAACCAGCCUCGACCAGGGGAUCAGACAAGUCUCAUGCUUGCAUCCCUCACCGGGGCAUCAUGAUCAGGAGGCCACAGGAUUCAUCAACGGAAUCCGAGAUCGAUGGUCAGCUGCACCAUGCCCUUGCUGCCAAUGCCCACCGGUUCUCCGAAGACAGCCGAGUGUUAUCGGAGGAUGAUGAACCAGGGGAUGAUGACUCUGGCAUGGAUGAGGAUGGUGCUAGAACCGUCCAUCAGGGGGUUCGGGUAGUGCCAGGACCGCUGUCAGCCCGGAACAUUGGGCAAGGAGUGCAACACCCGCUUCCAAAGCCUUGCCCGAUGGGAGAUCUCCUCGCGGGGUUGACUUGUGCAAACCGAGGAGUUGACUGUCAAGACGAAGCUGCGACGGAGGAGGAGACACACGUGUCCCCAGUGCCAAAGGGAAUCCAGCAACAGAAAAAGGUGAUUGUGGGACCUCCAAGCAGAACUCGAAGUAAGACCAUGGAAAAGUCAUUAGAUAUUCCUAGGAGAGUCACUAGAGCGAGGGCAGGGAAGUAA